AUGCAGGCAGGAGAACCUUUGACGCGUUUAGCUUGCAUUCGUCAAUGUCAAGAAACUGUCCAAGAAUUAGUUUCAAAACCUGCUGAUGUUUGUACAUGGUUAAAAUCAUUAUGUCAAACUCAAACGAACGCUACACUUCAAUUCAAUGAGAAAAAACAACGUUUUGAAGAAUUAUUGAAUGGGAUAACAUUACAUUUUAAUACAAUUCGACAUUUAUUUGUUCGUUUACGUGAAAUUUAUGAACACAUAUGUAAAGAUCCAACACCAGUCAUUAAUAAAAAUGAAUUAGAUCGUUUAAUUAAACAACGUGAAAUAUAUGAAGAAAUAUUAUUUGAAAAAAAACGACAAAUCAAAAUAACAUUGGAUAGCAUGAGAGACUUGUGUUAUCAAAUAAACACAAUGUUGGAUCUAAGACAAGAAAGCACAGAAAAAUAA